AUGGCCCCUAACGUAGACCCAGCAAUUCUUGAGGCCCUAGGUUUAGACGAGACGAACGCCAAGCUUGUCUCCCAUGGCGGCUCUGGCUUCUCCUCUACCUACAACUUGGUAAUCGAGCUUAUCGCUGACUCCCACAUAUGCGAACACGCCUCUCUCAACGCCAUCCACGACGCCGACCCCUCCCUGAAACUCUGCCCCCGUUCCUACGCCCACGGCUCCCUCCGCUCCUCCCCUGGCAAGUUCUUCCUCGCAACCGACUUCCUCGAGCUCGGCUCUUCUGCCCCUGGCGGCACAGGCCUCUCGCUCGCCGCCAAGUUGGCUAAACUGCAUACCACCCCAGCUCCGGUCCCCCCUGGCCAUGACAAGCCCAUGUACGGCUUCCACGUGCCGACCUGCUGCGGCGCAACUAGGCAAGAGAAUCCCUGGACUGAAUCUUGGGCAAAGUUCUAUGCCGACCAUAGGCUGAGGGCGAUCAUGCGGGAGGGGAUCCGGCAGAAUCGGCCGGAUAAGGAACUCAACGAAGCGGUCGAGAAGGUCGCUAGCGUUGUGGUCCCCAGGCUGCUCGGGGACGGGCACCUAAAGGGGGUGUAUCCCGUGUUGAUUCAUGGGGACCUGUGGAGCGGAAACCAUGGACGGGCGAGGAUCGGGGGCGAGGGAGGGGCUGAGGAGGUGGUAUUUGACCCAAGUUGUGUCUAUGGGCAUUCGGAGUAUGAGCUGGGAAUUAUGCGAAUGUUUGGAGGGUUUGGCAGCUCGUUCUGGAGGGAGUAUGAAAGGCUGGUGCCGAAGGCGGAGCCAAAGGAAGAGUAUGAGGAUCGGCUCGACUUGUAUGAACUGUAUCAUCAUCUCAACCACUAUGCCUUGUUUGGAGACGGUUACCGGGGAGGGGCCCUGUCCAUUGCCCGCAGGCUGAUCCGCAAGUAUGGACAGUCUGACUCGAACCAGAAAUCUGGCCUGUAA